GAUCAGUCUGAGAGCAGUUCGCCAGACGGUUAGACCGUGCUAAAAACUGUCCGCGUUCUCGGUUCGGUACCCCUCCGCACCGUAGUUGUCUCGGAUGAUUCUUUCUUUUUCGUUUUUUCGGGUGCACCGACACGGUAUCCGGGACUCGCUUGACUCUCUACCUUCGACUUGCAGCAAUUCGCGGCUAGGUGGUACUUACUUGCACAACGGGACAAGCAAAAAUGUCAGAAAUCAGUCAUCCGCGGAUCUGACUCGGUGUGAAUUUCUUCGCAGGAACCAUAUUUUUUUUAUUGCAUGGAGCAUGAAGUUUCGGGUGAAUUUUGAUACGCGUUGAUACGAGUGUGAGAGAAAUACGUAGAAACGCAGCCUAUAGAAGCCUGCUGGUGGACAUCGUUCUACGAAUCGCUGUUGGUUUGGAUUGAUUUCUUUGCGAUGUGGUGGAGUUUUUUCCGCUGAGUUAACGAUGGUGUAGAGAAACAGAUGUCGGUGGAGCACCUUGACUUUUUGAACAUUGAUUUUUGUUUUUGGGACACCCUAGUGCACAUAAACCUGUGAAGUGAUUUUGCACCGCCUGCUUCGAAAGAUGACCUUUCGUCGUCGAAGUGCCCGGCCCGGAACACGGAUCGGUGUUGGAUCGUCCUUGGGUGAACUUACGCACGGAAGAAUUCAACGCAUGUUCGAUCGUUUCGGAGGUGAUGGAUAUCUAUGUUUACCGUAAUUUGGAGAAGCAAUUUAGUUGGAGAAUAUUUGUGUACGGGUUAAAAAUAGAAAACCCGAAAAAAUCCGUACAUGUUACGUGCGCUUAAAGUGGCCAUAUCAAUCCUAUUCGCGUUCAGUGUUCGCAGUGGAAGAAUCCAAUCAACGUCGUACCUAAGUAAGGUCGUGGAUUAGUUAGGAAAAUUUCUGCACCGUAAACGGAUCGGAAAAAAAAGUUUGAAAUCUUCACAGAAAUCGAUCUCGGUCUAGAGUCCUCUGGGGCGUCUGGUUUUUCCUUCGGUUUGUAGGUGUGUGCGACUGCUGAUGUGAAUACAGUGAAUACAGAGAAAAGUUGGCGAGAGAAUCGCCCCGGCAACAGCAAGAAAGGACCUAUUCAAGUGUAUAAGUGUGGGGUGGAAAAUCGAAAUACAGCAUAAGAGCUCGGAAAAUGAUUCGACGACGAGAGUGAGAGUGGAGAGACCGCCAAAUCCUUUGUGUGCCCCGGAGAGAAAGAGCGAAAGUUUGUUGGUGAAACAUAAACACAACCACAACGUGCAGGAAACAAGUUUGACAUAAAUAUAAACAUAAACAUUUGGGGCGGCUGGCUGGUUCGAGUGCACGCGUACUCAGCUGAACGACCGACCGACCAACCGACCAACUACACGACAGUGGAUUUGUUUGACUGGGUCGCGAGUCGUAACGACAGCGCGUCGUCAUCAUCAUCAUCGUCGGCGGAAUAAGAAUUUGCCCUCAUCAUCAACCGAGCUGGUGGAAUUGAGUUGCAAAAAAAUCGUUCAAACUACCGACAUACAUUCGGUAAUCAUACGAUCCCAUUCUACCAUCCCACAUAGAAAAAAAAUGCACUGAGCGCCCCCGUCCCCUCGGCUAGGUCACACCGGUCACACUAGCAUCGUAUCGCACCCGGGCGCGGUAGACCACCACCGACCCCCAUCGAUGGCCACCGAAUUCAGUGGCCAGAAAACGCGACGCGACAGUGCCAUACAGAUUUCGUCGUCCGCCGCCGGUGCGGUCACCCGUUUCACGGCAAGCGCCCCUCACGAACUUACCGAACUGUCGGUGGUGGACAUCAACGCUUCGCUAGCCGCAUCGGUACCAAUGAUUUCGUCGGUCAUCUCAAACCCCGCUCCUCCGGCAUCGGCGGCGACGACAACAACCACAACACAGAAUGUCUCUACGGUGACGACCUCGAAUGGGGUUGGCACGGCCGGCGGUGGAACCGGCAAUACCUUUACCACCAAUCUGUUCAACCUGUCCAACAGUACGGAUCCUGCGGCGGUGGCGUACAAUUCCUACACGCAGAAUGUGCGCUGCAAGUCUCCACCGACGCUGGUCGAUAAUCUCAAGAAUGGAACUAUUGGGAACUCUCAAAAUGCUCUCUGCAAUGGCUCCAUCAUGACAAACGGACAGACCAAGGACUCGAACCUGCGGAAAGUCCUCAACAAUAGCGAAAACGGUCAAAAGAAAGGCAUGGCCUCGCUAACGCACUUACCAAAGAGGCCCCCCAUAGACAUCGAGUUCAACGAGUUGGCGUACUCGGUGUCCGAGGGUCACAAACGGAGCUACAAAACAAUCCUCAAAGGCAUCAAUGGCAAGUUCCGCUCCGGCGAGCUUACCGCCAUCAUGGGUCCGUCCGGGGCCGGCAAGAGCACCCUCAUGAACAUCCUCGCCGGCUACAAAACCUCCAACCUGAUAGGGUCUGUCCUAAUCAACGGCAAGGACCGAAACCUGCGCAAGUUCCGCAAGCUGUCCUGCUACAUCAUGCAAGACGACCGGUUACUACCGUAUCUGACGGUGCGCGAAGCCAUGAUGGUGUCCGCGAACCUCAAGCUGGGCAAGGACAUAUCCCUAGAACUGAAGAAAGAGAUCGUCGAGGAAAUCAUCGAAUCCCUGGGUCUGCUGGAUGCUGCCAGUACCCUGGCGCUGAACCUGUCCGGCGGUCAACGCAAGCGACUGUCAAUCGCCUUAGAAUUAGUGAACAACCCACCUGUAAUGUUUUUCGACGAGCCGACCAGUGGCCUGGACAGCGCCACCUGUUCGCAGUUAAUCCACCUGCUCAAAUCGCUAGCCCGUGGCGGGCGAACCAUCGUCUGCACGAUCCAUCAACCGUCGGCAAGGAUAUUCGAAAUGUUCGACAAUUUGUACGUGCUGGCGGAGGGACAGUGCAUCUACCAGGGUCGGGUCAAUGGACUGGUUCCAUUCCUGGCGUCCAUUGGGCUGGAGUGUCCCAGCUAUCACAAUCCCGCCAAUUACGUGAUGGAAGUGGCCUGCGGUGAGCACGGAGACUGGAACAGCAAACUGGUGACGGCGGUCAGCAACGGCAAAUGCAACAACUACAAUCAACCGGUAUUGGCGCAAAGUAAAUCGCAGGUGAAUCUUCCCCUAGCUAGCGAUCAGCAGACGGAGAAGAUCGUGAGUGUCCUGUCGCUGGGAGCCGGCGAAGACGACCUGGUUAAACCGUCCGCCGUCGAGUUCACCACCAUCAAUAUCGAACCACUGAACAAUGAGAGCAAGUUUUCAUCCCAGGCCGUUGUCAGCAGUAGUAAAACGGUCGAUGACUCCGUCGGCGGAACCAGUACGGGGAAGGGUACCUCCGACGGUGGCGGAGGGACUGUAACAACUACCGGGGGACCUAUGUCUGCUUCGUCCAAACCGACCUGCACCACGUCGCUGCUGGACUCGACCGAGAGCGUGAGCAUCGAGGUGCCGAAAAAGAUGGCCGGUUUCCCGACGUCCGGUUGGAUGCAGUUCUGGAUCCUGUUGAAGCGGACGUUCAUCACAAUCAUGCGGGAUCAGACGCUGACGCAGAUGAGACUGGUGUCGCACGUGGUCGUAGGGGCCAUCAUCGGCAUGAUCUACUACGACAUCGGGAACGACGCGGCCAAAAUUAUGAGCAACGCCGGGUGCAUAUUCUUUACCACGAUGUUUACGAUGUUCACCGCCAUGAUGCCAACCAUUCUGACGUUUCCGACGGAAAUGGCUGUAUUUGUGAGGGAACAUCUCAAUUAUUGGUAUUCGCUUAAAUCUUUCUAUUUCGCGAAAACGGUUGCGGAUCUUCCUUUUCAAGUUCUCUUCACCAGCGUGUACGUCAUCGUAGUGUAUUACCUAACAUCGCAGCCGAUGGAACCGAAGAGGGCCGGGAUGUUUGUGCUAAUCUGCAUCCUAACGUCACUGGUUGCCCAAAGCCUUGGGCUAUUGAUCGGCGCCGGAAUGAGCGUGGAGACGGGUGUCUUCCUGGGGCCGGUGUCCACCAUUCCGAUCAUCUUGUUCUCAGGCUUCUUCGUCAACUUCGACGUAAUUCCCAAGUAUCUGCAGUGGUUGACGUACGUCAGUUACGUGCGGUAUGGCUUUGAGGGCGCCAUGGUCUCCGUGUACGGUAUGAACCGGGAAAAGCUCAGUUGUACGGAGAUCUACUGCCACUACCGGAGUCCGCAGAAGUUCCUGGAGGAGAUGUCCAUGGACAAAGCCGAGUACUGGAUCGAUGCGACGGCGCUGUUUUGCCUGUUCAUCGGUCUGCGUGUCGUUGCCUAUCUUGUGCUGCGCUGGAAACUGCAUUCCAUCCGUUAAAAAAGUAGAAUAACCUAUACCCGAUUAGGAUAUUUUAUAUUUGUUGUAUUUUUCAUUCGGUAGAAUAGUAAAACUUUAUUUCCUUUGUAUUUUCUGGAAAUUGUGCAUGCUAUGACGGUUGCAUCAAAACAGGCAAAUCAAAAAUUUCAGUUUUAUUUCUGUUUUUUUGGAAUGAAAAUUGAAUUAUUCCGUGGCGUGCUUUUGGGACGACCGACGAAACCUUACCACAACCGUAACCAAAAACAAACAUUUUUGAUCUUAUAGUAUAAUGUAAUUGAUAUAUACAUAUAUUCAUGCUCUAGCCAAUAUUAUACAAUGUUCGCUUCGUAAAACGUAAAAUUGCUGCCACCAAGUCAAACUCGUUGGGCUGAACGGUCGUCCCUAUAGCGCGAAGAUGACACCCUAAACCAAACGGUUGAGAUUUUUUUACCGAAUCACACACUUGCAAAUACUCUUAAAUACCAAUCACAUUCGACACCGUGACACGACACAUACACUCACAAGCACACCUCCCUCAGAAAGACACACGCCAGCAGAACAAUGAACAUUCAUGUAGUCUCAAAAUGUAUUCAUCCUUAUCUAGCUAUUAGGGUAA